AUAGCGAGGACAUUAACGGUCGCAGGGGUGGCUGGAGCCUAUCCAAUUGUGAGUCCAAAGAGGAGCCAGAAUGAAGAAAUUGGCUCUGUAGUCUCACAAGUGGUGAGCGACAUGUCUAAUCGACAUAUUGAGAAGCUCGUAGCCAAGUGGGCCACAUCUGUGAGUCAAAAGAAGAGGACAAAACCCAAGUCCCACCCUGUAUCGCCCCUUGUGUGCCCCCCCAGGCACAGCUUUGCUUUUUACAUCUUGUCGAAAUCUUUUAAGGCGCAACUGAGAGAUCUGCUUUCUCAUGGUCCAAUUUGGGUCAGUGACCUUCAAAGCUGCUACCAGCGCCACUUUGGUGGCCCGCUGCGAUCCUUCAAGUUUGGCUACUACACCAUCGAUAAGCUACUGGAGUCCGUCUCGGAUAUGAUCUACUUUCAGCUCAACAACAUGGGCGCCAUUAUCACCCUAAGGGAGAACGUGAGGAUGGAGAUUUUUGGAUCAAGAAUGGCUCCACUCGAGGAUUUGCCAAUGAUUGAGAACAUUAACUUCCCCAUCCCUAUACCAUCAGAAGAGGGCGACAGUGGACAGUGCAUGGUAGACUUAGACUGGGACAUCAACCAGCAAGGAAGAGUGGCACAGCAAGGCCAAGUUUCACGUUUAAAAGGAAUAUUGGAAGAAGAUGUUCUGCCUGUGGCGGUCUGUCAGGCUGAAACCGGAUACAUCAGUGUGGACACUAGGGAGGGAGCAUGCGGGAGGAACUUUCAAAGGUCUGUGAACUUUGAGGUGUGGUCUCGUGCGAUGUUCAGCAGUCCCAAUUCGGCUUCAGACAUCCUGAUCAAUCAGCGCCUCAAGCAGCCCACGCAGCACACCACUCGAGUGCUGGCGACCAUAAGUGUGGCGCACAUAGAGUCGCCAGGACAGUUCUACAUCAUCUUCUCCGAGAGUAGUGAGGCAUGUGCUUUUCAGAACAUGAUGUUGGAGAUGAGACAAUAUUACAGCGAUCCUGACGUGUGCGCAGGCCAGUGUCUUCCCCAGCGAUUGAUCCGAAGGGGUCAAGCCUGUUGCGUGUCAGUCAUGGGUAUCUGGUACUACCGAGCGGUGAUAGACCUGAUCAUUAGCCCCACGCAAGUCACUGUGUACUAUGUCGAUUUUGGAACCAAGUGUGAGGAGCAAAAUGUCAACCUGAAGUUCCUCAUGAUGUUUUUUGCCCAUCUUCCAGCACAAGCUGUCCCCUCAUCACUCACUAGAAUCAAACCCGUCACUAACAACUGGACUCUUGAGGCCACUGAUUCGUUCCGGGAGCUUAGUUUUGGACAAAGUCUGGUGGGCGCCCUUGAAGGUUACACCGGCGACGUGUUGCAGCUCUACCUUUCCAAGAACUAUGCCGACAUCUACUUCCAUGACAUCUUGCUGAGCGAGGAACACGGCGUGGCCUGCAAGCCCUCAGCCAGCGCUUCGCUCUGUGUCAAGGACAGUCCAGUGAGUCUGUACCUGGGGGAAGGCAUGAUUUUCCUGCAAGACGAACAGACGACAGCACCGUUUAAUCUUGACGCCACCAGCAUGCCACAGGUUGAAGUGGAACAGGUGCCAUUGAUGGCAAGUAAUAGUAUUAUGGAGAACAUUUUCAACUCCGACUUCCAGCGCAACCUAUUUAGCGAUCAGAUGACCAACCCACCCCUCAGCUGUGAAGAACCAAGCCUAAACGUGUCUGAAGGUCCCCACCAAGCCCUCUUCAACCCUCCAGAUAUUUUGUCCAUACACGAAGCUGGGGAUAAUCCAGAAACUCCCAAAGACGACACUUUCCCGUCCGUCAGCACUGAACAAGCCGUGGUUGCGACUCCUUUGACUUUGGACCUUUACGUUCACGAUCAGAGUGUACUUCAGGACAGCUUGCAGGAUAUUGAUGUGUCUGCAUUCACUGACAUGUCUGCAGAUCUGGACCUAUCUGCCCUCUUGUGCGAGGUCAUUACUCCGUAUGACCCAGCAGAUGGUUGAGCUUCCUUCAUGUUGGUUCCUAAGUACUUCAUUGUGAAAGAAAGACAUUUCCAUGAUAAUUGAUUUAAUUGUAAUGUUUUUUUCAUCAUUUAAAAAUGUUCAUGUUCAGUCCUUUAGUUCAGUUUAAAAUUUGAACUGUUGUUUGUGAGUGUGUUUUUCCUUACAAUGUUCGUUCAUCAUAGAUAUUCAAAGUUUAAACAUACAGUAUUUAUAGAUGUUUAUACUGAAUGGAAGAAAUGUUCAUAUUUAAUAUUGCGUUUAGUAAAUGUUUACAAAACUAAAACCCAUUCACACCUGUUUUAAACGUACUCAGCAGCCUGAUAUAUGUAUACCAGUAUGUAUGCUGUAUAUAUAUGUAAGCUAUCUGUUUAGAAAAAAUCCCUGGGUGUAGUUUGCAUGUCCUCCCUGUGCUUGCGUGGGCUUCUUCUACAGGUGCUACAGGUACUCCAGCCAUCUCCCACAUCCCAUAAAACUUGGAAUGUUUUGUUAAUUGUAUUCAGGGGUGUCACACUAAUUUUCAUUGAGGGGCACAUCGCAGUUAUUGCUGCCUUCAGAGGGCCGUUUGUAGCAGUGGAUAAUAUAUGAAUAUAGACGUAUGGAUUCACCUUAUGAUAAUAUUACACAAUUGCCUAUGCAUUUGAUAACAGUAGAAUAUGUAUUUUUUUACCUACACUGUAAAAAUAAAUCGAUAUAGAGGUAGAUUUUGCUGGCAGCUCCGUCACCAGGAUUUUAUUGUAAAAUCUACUGAUUUUAGAGCAUCUAAUGUAAAUGGAAAAACGUACUACAGUUUUUUAAGGUAACAUUCUGACGACUGAG